UCGUACGAUAUUGACACAGUUAUUCCGUAUUCAAUAAUUACACGUUCAAGUACCUAUACAUAUAGUAUUAUUUUUUUUAAAAGAAAUCAUAAUAUUAUUAAUAUAAUAUAGCUAGUAAUAGUAGUAUUACUGUCUGCUAGUAAGUACUCUUAUUUAUUUUACGCUUAAAAUUUAUCUGUUUUAAACGCGAAAAGAAGAUAAAUUAUGUCAUCAAUUCCUCCACAAAAUAUUCAAUGGGUCCAAUCACCUGCACUUGCACCACCGCUAGGCCCUGAUAGUAUUCCAAUUAUAUGCACUUCAUGUGGUCAGUCAAUAUUUACCAGUACUUCUAGAAAAGCAAAAGCUGCUGCUUGGUGGAGUUGUAUGCUAUUAAGUUUCUGUGGAUGUUGUUUUGGAUGCUGUCUAAUUCCUUGCUGUUUGCACUCUUGUAAUGUUGUCAACCACACGUGUCCAAAUUGUAACGCGUAUUUAGGACAGUAUAGACCAUAAACUAUAUAUUAACAAUAUAUCUAUAAAGUAAUAAAAUAAUAUAAAGUUAUCAGUUUUUAUAAAAGUAGAAACGAAAAACGAUUUUAUAAAAAAGGUCUUACAUUAAAAUUUUCUUUUUAAAAUAUUAUUUUGGAAAUAAAUUAGCAGUACCUAUAAAAAAAUAUACUUUUAUUCUCAUUAAUGUGUAGUUUUUGUACAUCAUUUUAAAUUACCGUGCAGUAGAAAUAGUAGAAUAAUGGUUAAUAGUUAUAGAUAAAAAGAUACAGGUACCUAUUAUUAUUAAUUUAUUUUUAUAUGUUUACUUAAAUACUAAAUAGUAAUUGUUACUUGUCCGUUAUCUUGACUCGUAUUUCAAGGUGAGCCGUUUUUAUUUGAUUAAACUAGCGUUCUAAAAGCAAUAAUUGGUAUAGGCAUUAGGUAUAGGUACCUAAUACCUACCAACCUAUAUAAUAUGUUAAAUCCGCUCGUUUUAUUUAUCUAUACAAACAAUACAUACAUGACUAUAAUAGUAUAAUAGUUAACAAAUAAUUUGGAAUUGCGGCCGCAUACGAACCUAGUCUCUCCGAGAACUCUUAAACCACAAUUAAGGCUAAUAUAUAGAACGAGCUGUAUGCCUGUGUCUGAAUUGCAUGCCGUGUACCCACAAGUUUAUUUAUCAUGCUGCACCAAUGUGCACGUUCACAACUUAAACUUUUUUCUGGACUUUUCUAAUUCUUAACGCAUAUAUAAAAACGAUUAUGAUUUAGUUUCUAGAUUGAAAUAUUUUAUUUUUUAAUCAAAUACCAAGUAAACAUUUUACCAAACUGUACCUAUGUAUGCUGUAUAUAAUAUAGUGUAUUUUAGUCUUUUACAUAUAGACAUCAUGAUGCGUAUCUGUCUGUCACUUAAUUAUAUGUAGCUGACAUUUGUAAGCAAUAUUAUAUUAAUCCAAAAUAGAUAAAAGAAAGGUUAAAGCUACGCCGCUACGACCAUAAAUAAUGGUAAUAUAAUAAUAUAAUUUAGAUCAAAUAAAGAUAACACAUUAUCACCCGUGUAUAUUUUGAUGAGAUUAAAUUUUAUUACCCAAUGAUAUUGAAAGAUGAGCUUAUUGUAAGCGUACGCUCGUGUAAAGCAGUGGCGGAUUUAAGGGGGGCCCGAAGGGCCUCGGCCCCCCCCCCUCCCCAUUGGCAUAAGUUAAAUAUACAUAUUUGUAUGUAUUUAUAAAUUACUGAAAAAUUUAAGAUUUGCGUUUUGGAUUAUGCCCACCCCUAAAAAUUAAAUCCUGGAUCCUCCACUGGUGUAAGGCUUGCAUAAAAUUAAAUGUCAAGUAAAGUAAGCUUAAUUAUUUCAUUUAGUAAAAUUAAAUACAGGGCAUGCAAUUUGGACAGAUCCCUCUAAAAGAUAUCAUACAAUUCAGAUGCACCGUUAGAACGAAUUGAGUUCCUAUAGUUAAUAGUUGUUUUAUAGGUAUAUCCUAAUAUUGAGUUCCUACUAAUUUGAAAUAUAUAUCUAAUACUAGUAAUACUAAUCGAGUAAUUGAGUUCAUAUUUACUGAGUCCCGACAAACUUUAAAAUAUAUAUGAUCGUUCCCACUUCGAACUUACCUACAGAUUUUGGACCAUCUAUAACAAAAAAUUCUACACACUAAAAGUUCACACAAUGUUUUUGUGUUAAUUUUGAAAAUUUAAUUAAUGUGAUUUUAUAACAGUUAGGCGUGUAUAGGUAAUUUAUUUUUUUAAUAUACUAAUUAAAUUAGACAUCUUGUAUUGAUAGAAACCUAUGAAAUAAACU